UUUCCCAAAAACCAGUGACGAGUAGGCUAUCAAUUUUCCACCCAUCGACGUGAAGUCAAAAUCGAGUCGGCGUUACUUUCGAUUUCAGUCUUGCUCUAGUCGUAACCUUGGUCUGAGCGAUUUUCUUUUAGGGUCAGGAUCUCCAUUUGCUCACAGGACUAAGAGAUAAUAAUGUUUCUCCGUUACGCGUUGGUCGUUGUUUCUGUGCUGAACUUCCUGCAAAACUUCCAUGUGAGCUGCGGUGAGUUUCCCACAUUUCAAAAACCUGUUUUCACUCCGUCCAGACUGGUAGUGAAGUAUGGUGACCCAGCCUCUGCUGCAUGCCUUGUUUGUCAGCAUAAUUGCACAAGUGAUGAAUUUGGGGUGGAGCAUGCUGUGGGGUCCACUGUAAAAAAUGGAACCACGAUUUCAUGGAAGGUUGACAACCUGACUGAAUGGGACAUAUCUCCACAGUGCUAUUAUACUGAUGAUGAUGGUUAUCAGUGUAUUACCAGGCUGCCUAUAACCGUCUAUCAUCCUCCAAUAAAUGUCGAUCUCAGCUUCAAAAAUCACUCUGGGCCGAUGUUUGCAGGUCAUCAGUACACUCUGCAGUGUACAGUCCACGAAGUUGCUCCUAUUGGUAACCUCAGUGUGAUCUUCUACAGAGGACAGACAGAACUACAGAGACUACAGCCCAACAGCACAACAAAGGAGCCAGUGACUGAGACCUUCACCCUGAACAUCAACCCUAGUAAAGAAGAUGAUGGAGACCUGUACUGGUGUGAAGCCAAGCUAGACCUGGGAGCUGAAGGACCACAGCCUCCUUCAGUGGUGACGUCACAAAAAAUCACCACCACUGUUUACUACAAGCCUCAGCUGAAGGAGAGUCCCAGUCCAGAACCGAUCACCGUGACAGAAGGAGGCCCUCUGCAGCUGAACUGCUCUAGUGAGGGAAACCCCAGCCCCUCCUACACCUGGACGCUCCCGUCAACCAGUCAUCCCCCCAUCAGUGACAGCACUCUCAGUUUCGAGGCUGUAACUCGUGCAGAUGGAGGACAGUACAUCUGUUUGGUCAGAAACUCUGUGGGGAAUGUGACUAAAGAGUUUACUGUGGAUGUCAAAGAGAGCAACAUCUACAUUAUUAUUAUUGUGGUGGUAGCAGUCAUCGUUCUGGCUGUCCUUGUCUCCGCCGUUGUGUGGCAUCUGUACAAAAACAACCGAGUGGGAAAGUACAACCUGAAGGAUGUCUUCUCUCUUAGCCAACGCCAUCAACACGUUGCUGUGCCUGUUGGAGAAUGUGUUGUUGAGCGCCUGAACAUAAUGAGCAUACAGGAUGAACAAAACCAACACAGCAGCGACUCGGAGCUGCCACUGCCAAAACCUGAAAGUCCCAAGGAGAGACGGAGAGAAGGAGAGAGAAAUACCUGGAAGAUGAGUACCGGAGCGGGCAUCGACUACAGCGUCUGGGAUCACAUCUAUGUGUCGGACGAUGAAGAUGUGACCAGUCCGUUUGUGGACACUCCGAGCCUGUUCAGGAUGAGACACCGGUCCCGGCUGGAAAGGAUGAUCGAUUUUCAGCAGAGAGGGGAAGAGCUGGAGGAUCAUUUUGCAGAAUGCAAGAGGUUUCUAGAGGAAGCUCAGGGACGGCUCAGAGAGCUGGAAGAAGGAAGGAAGGAGGGAGAGGAGGACGAGGAGAAAGAGGCUGAGCUAGAGAAAAUUCAAGCCGAGGUGAGAAAACUGAAGAAGGAUAAAAAGUCGUUUGAGAAAAUGAUAGAGGAAUAUCGUCGAGAAGAAAAGAACCUGCCGUGGAACGUUGACACAAUCAGCAAAGAGGGUUUCAGCAAGAGUGUUCUCAACGUUAAGCCUGUCACAAAGGAGGACACACGGGAGGAAAAGAAACAUGGACUGAUGGAGCAGGUCGCCCACCAGGCCAUCGUCAUGCAGUCCAUCUUAGAUUUGGCUCGAACGCUGAAGGUUGACCCACGAGGCUGCUUCAGACAAUUCUUCUCCAAGAUCAAGACUGCAGACAAGUCAUACCAAGACGCGUUCGACCGUGAGCUGGAGCUGCUGAAGGAGCGUAUCCGUACCUGUGCACAGCUUCGGAUGGAGAAUGCUAUGAAGGAGCUGGAGGAGGAGGAAAAGCAGAAGAGGCUGGGUCCGGGUGGUUUAGACCCUGUAGAGGUCUACGAAUCACUGCCAAAGGAAAUGCAGAGAAGCUUUGAUGAGAAGAACAUUCAGAUGCUGCAUGACAUCAUUAACAAAAUGGACAUUGAGGAGGGAAAGUACCACUUGAAGAGGUGUAUUGACUCUGGACUUUGGGUCCCUGACUCAGGAGAGGUCGUAGCUUUGGUCUCGGCGAUGUUUAUUUUAUUAGCAGGGUCUCCAUUUGCUCACAGGAAAAUAAUGUUUCUCCGUUACGUGUUUGUUAUUAUUUCUGUGCUGAAUUCCCUGCACGACUUCCACGUGUGCUGCGAUGAAAGCUGUACAGUAAGACCUGUUUUCACUCCGUCCAGACUGGUAGUGAAGUAUGGUGACCCAGCCUCUGCCACAUGCCUUGUUUUUCAUAAUUGGACAAAUAACCCAUUGGGGGUGGAGCAUGCUGUGGGGUACACUGCAGCAAAUGGAACUACGAUUUCAUGGAAGGUUGACAACCUGACUGAAUGGGAAACAUCUCCAAUGUGCUAUUAUACUGAUGAUGAUAAUAAUCAGUGUACUACGAGCCUGCCUAUAACCGUCUAUCAGCCUCCAAAAAAUGUCGAUCUCAGCUUCCUAAAUCCCUCUGGGCCGAUGUUUGCAGGUCGUCAGUACACUCUGCAGUGUACAGUCCACGAAGUUGCUCCUAUUAGUAACCUCAUUGUGACUUUCUACAGAGGACAGACAGAACUACAGAGACUACAGUCCAGCAGCACAACAAAGGAGCCAGUGACUGAGACCUUCACCCUGGACAUCAACCUUAGUAAAGAUGAUGGAGACCCGUACUGGUGUGAAGCAAAGCUAGACCUGGGAGCUGAAGGACCACAGCCUCCUCCAGUGGUGACAUCACAAAAAAUCACCACUAAUGAUCACUCCACACCCCUGACCCAACCUCCUGCAGAGAACUACAUCCACAUUAUUAUUGUGGUGGUAGCAGUCAUCAUUGUGGCUGUCCUUGUAUUCGCCGUUGUGUACUAUCAGUACACAAACUACCGAAUGGGACAGUUUAACCUGCCGGACGUUGCUGUGCCUGUUGGAGAGUAAAUUUGUGGGUGAAGCCUCACAUGUGUGUGGACGACCUGAACCUGUUGCUAUGUCAAGUGCUGCAGUUAGGUGUAAACCACAGAUGUACACAGAAAGCAUCAGAAGUACCUGUAUAUGACGUGUAACACACACACACUGUUCAUGGGUCAAUGAAAAAUAAGGGCUGGCAAGAUGAGUAAUUCAAAAACGUCUUAAAAAUUGUUUUAAAAACGGCAUCAGGUUUGUUAAUAUGUACUUUUUGUAUUAAUGUUGGUUUUACGUAAUUUGAAAUGUCAUUUGCAACAUGUUUUUACAAACGUAGGACUCAAUGCGCCUGAAAAUAUCCAAUGGUGUAACC